CCCUUUCCCCUUCCUCCUGGGGGCUGAGGCGGGCGCGCACGCUGGAUGACGCUAAGGAGGAAGCGAGCUCCCUCUCUCCCCUCCCAGGCUCCCCGCUGCCCCGCGGGAGCCCCCCAGUGCGCCUGUGCGGAGGCCUAGUUGCUAUGUGUGUCCUCUCCAGGUUCCUGUGUUAGCAUCCCGGGUGGAGUGGGGAGGGGAGAGAAGGAGCAGAGGAGGAGAAAGAGGAGGGGGUGGGGAGGGGGGAGGGGGGUAGGGAGUCAGCACGGACAUGGCUCCUGACUCCAGUGCAGAACGUGAGUGACUGAGCAGCAAAGCCCGAAUGGUCUCUAGCGACCGGCCCGUGUCACUGGAGGACGAGGUCUCCCAUAGUAUGAAGGAGAUGAUUGGAGGCUGCUGCGUUUGCUCAGACGAGAGAGGCUGGGCCGAGAACCCGCUGGUUUACUGCGACGGGCACGGCUGCAGCGUCGCCGUGCAUCAAGCUUGCUAUGGCAUUGUUCAAGUACCCACUGGACCUUGGUUUUGCAGGAAAUGUGAGUCUCAGGAAAGAGCAGCGAGAGUGAGAUGUGAAUUAUGUCCUCAUAAGGAUGGUGCUUUAAAGAGAACAGAUAAUGGGGGUUGGGCUCAUGUUGUUUGUGCCCUGUAUAUUCCUGAGGUUCAAUUUGCCAACGUUUCUACAAUGGAACCUAUUGUAUUGCAGUCUGUUCCACAUGAUCGUUAUAAUAAGACUUGCUACAUUUGUGAUGAACAAGGAAGAGAGAGUAAAGCUGCUACUGGUGCUUGCAUGACAUGUAAUAAACAUGGAUGUCGACAAGCUUUCCAUGUAACCUGUGCCCAGUUUGCAGGACUCCUUUGUGAAGAAGAAGGUAAUGGGGCAGAUAAUGUCCAAUACUGUGGCUACUGUAAAUACCAUUUUAGUAAGCUGAAAAAGAGCAAACGGGGAUCUAAUAGGUCAUAUGAUCAAAGUUUAAGUGAUUCUUCCUCUCACUCUCAGGAUAAACAUCAUGAGAAAGAGAAAAAAAAAUACAAAGAAAAAGACAAACACAAACAAAAGCAUAAGAAGCAACCAGAACCGUCACCAGCCUUGGUUCCUUCUUUGACGGUUACUACUGAAAAAACAUAUACAAGCACUAGCAACAGCUCUAUGUCAGGCUCUUUGAAGCGCUUGGAAGAUACUGCAGCUCGAUUUACAAAUGCAAAUUUCCAGGAAGUCUCCGCACUUACUUCAAGUGGAAACGAUGUGUCAGAGACUAGAGGGUCAGAGAGCAAAGGGAAGAAAUCAGCAGGUCACAGCUCAGGUCAGAGGGGAAGAAAGCCUGGUGGUGGAAGGAAUCCAGGAACAACUGUGUCAGCAGCUAGUCCUUUUCAGCAAGGAAGUUUUUCAGGAACUCCAAGCAGUGUAAAAUCAUCUUCUGGAAGUUCAGUCCAGUCUCCCCAGGAUUUCUUGAGCUUUACAGAAGCAGACCUGCGCAGUGAAAGUUACACUCAUUCCCAGCAGCCAUCAUCAACCAAAGAUGUACAUAAAACAGAAUCUGGAAGCCAGGAAGGGGGAGUGAAUAGUUUUAGUUCCUUAAUUGGUCUUCCUUCAACGUCAGCAGUUGUUUCACAGCCUAAAAACUUUGAAAAUUCACCUGGAGAUUUGGGGAAUGCUUCCCUUUCUACUGCAGGAUACAAACGAGUCCAGUGUUCUGGCCUUGAAGAGGAAACUGUAAAAGAAAAGAAGAGAAAAGGAAGUAAACAAAAUAAACAUGGGCCUGGUCGACCCAAAGGAAACAAAAAUCAAGAGAAUGUUUCCCAUCUUUCUGUUUCGUCUGCUUCUCCAACAUCAUCUGUAGCAUCUGCUGCCGGAAGUAUAACAAGCUCUAGUCUUCAGAAAUCUCCUACGUUGCUCAGGAAUGGAAGUUUACAAAGUCUUAGUGUUGGCUCUUCUCCUGUUGGUUCAGGUAUUUACAGCAGCAAUGAUGUAGCAGUAUCAUUUCCAAAUGCAGUAUCUGGCUCAGGAUCUAGCACUCCUGUUUCCAGUUCUCAUUUGCCUUCACAGUCUUCUGGUCAUUUGCAACAAGUAGGAGGUUUAUCUCCUUCAGCCACGUCAUCCAUAACCACUGCUGUUGCUACAACUCAGGCAAAUACUCUGUCUGGAUCUUCCUUAAGUCUAGCUCCAUCCCAUAUGUAUGGCAAUAGGCUAAAUCCAAAUUCAACAAUGGCAACUCUUAUAGCUCACUCAGAAAACAGUCAAACAGAUCCAGAUCUUGGAGACAAUAGCCGCAGCCUUGUUGGCAGGGGAAGCUCACCCAGAGGAAGCCUCUCACCACGCUCCCCUGUAAGCAGCUUACAGAUUCGCUAUGAUCAAUCAGGGAACAGCAGUUUGGAAAAUCUGCCCCCAGUAGCGGCCAGCAUAGAGCAGCUUUUGGAGAGACAGUGGAGUGAAGGACAGCAGUUUUUGCUAGAACAGGGCACCCCUAGUGACAUUCUAGGAAUGCUGAAGUCCUUACAUCAACUUCAAGUUGAAAAUCGAAGAUUGGAGGAACAAAUCAAAAACUUGACAGCAAAAAAGGAACGUCUUCAGUUACUGAAUGCCCAGCUCUCUGUCCCCUUUCCUACUCUGACCACCAACCCUAGUCCAUCUCAUCAAGUUCAUGCAUUUCCAGCACAAACUGCUCCAACCUCAGAUUCCUUAAACAGCAGUAAGAGUCCCCAUCUAGGAAACAGCUUUUUACCUGAUAGUUCUCUUCCUGCACUCAAUCAGGACUUAACCUCCAGUGGACAAAGCACCAGCAGUUCUUCGGCCCUCUCCACUCCGCCUCCUGCUGGGCAGAGUCCGGCUCAACAAGGCUCAGGAGUGGCUGGAGUUCAACAGGUCAAUGGUGUGACUGUGGGGGCGCUUGCUGGCGGCAUGCAGACUGUAACAUCCACCAUUCCUGCGGUGCCUACAGUGGGUGGAAUAAUUGGAGCUCUGCCAGGUAACCAACUGGCAAUCAAUGGAAUUGUAGGAGCUUUAAACGGAGUCAUUCAGACCCCUGUCACAAUAUCACAGAACCCUUCUUCCCUUACCCACACAACUGUGCCACCUAAUGCAGCACAUCCACUGCCAACAACACUGAAUAACAGUGCCUCUGGACUAGGCUUAUUGUCUGAUCAACAAAGACAACUACUUCUACAUCAACAGCAGUUUCAACAGUUGUUGAAUUCUCAGCAACUUACAUCUGAACAACACCAGGCCCUCCUUUAUCAAUUAGUACAGCAGCAGCAUCACCAGCAGCACCACCAUCAACCAGAACUACAGCAGCUACAGCUCCCUGGCCCAUCGCAGAUACCCAUAAAUAACCUCCUUGCAGGCACCCAGGCACCCCCACUUCAUCCAUCAACCACCAACCCAUUUCUCACAAUUCAUGGGGAUAAUACCAAUCAGAAAGUAACAUUCUUCAAACACAAGUUGUUGCCAGACUGAUGAGGUGAAGUUACAAGUCAACUAACAUUGGAUUAUACAGCAAUAUAAAUGUAUCUUUUGGUUAACAGAGACCAGAAAUGGAGAAGAAAUGAAGCCUUGAUGAGGAUAUGGGUGACAUUAUUACAUUUAGGCAGCUUUGGAGAAAUACAGAGAUGUGAGAGGAAGAAGGCCCGAGCCUAGGAUAACUGGAGAUAUUUAAUUAGCAUAACCAUAGAAAAGUGUUCUCUUUCAUGCCUCGUAAAUAGCAUCCCUGGAAAAAUAAGAGGAGUUAAAUCUCUCUCACUAUGCUGCUCAAUUUCAUUUUGCUUUUAUAUAUAAGUUUAGAGUAUCCCAACCUUCAGAGACUAUUGGCUCUCCAGAAAAGAACUCUCUACCUUAUUCUAAAAAUCAUAUUUUGUGUUACUUGGCACUGAUCAUGACUUAGGAUGUUUUGUUUGCCCCAGAUUGAUUUGCCAACUUUGAUUUAAAAUAUUUUGAAUUUUAAUUGCAGAGACUUAAUGAUAAAACUGGGCCUGUUGCACAAGAGAAAAGUUGACCCAUAGAAACCUUUUGGAAACUCGUUAUCCUGCUGUUUUAGCACUUCUUAUGGUUGCUAGUGCAGCCCUCCUUUCUGCAACUAUGAAGAAUGCAACAAGGAGCUAACUGCACAGCAAAGGAUGAUUUGUCAUGAGGACAUUCUUCUAACGCUUGGAUUUACUUCCUUGUUGCUUUGUUGCACUGAAAUGGAACUCUUCUCCCUUUCUUCCCCAAGAUUUCAUGAACUUUGAAGGAAAGUUCAGCAACUAAUUAUUUUUGUCAAUGCAACAAUGUACAUGCAGUGAGUGCAUCGACCAUAAAGAGAAAAUAUAUCGUUGUUGCACUAUUUUUCGUUACAAAUUGGACUUAUAAAUAGCAAAACUGAAGACUUAUUCCAAUGACAAAUUACUUGAUUUUUAUUACAUAAAUUGAAAAGAAAAAAGAACCAACAAAACCAUGAUCUUUUGCUGUGGCUAGAUAUGCUUGACUGCAGGUCAAAUCCUGUUAACACAAUCUGAGGGACUAUCCAGAAUGUUUUCUUGUACUGGAAUUUUAUUGUACUGGAAAUUGCUUGAAAUAAAUGGGUCAUCAGCUGGGACUUGGGCAAUCUUUUUGUUAGAGAGAUUUCCUUUAUGUUGGGACUUGAUCUGUAUUGUUAAUCAAGUUAUGAUGGUAAUGUCUACUGCUAAAUGCUUUUACCUUAGAGUCAGUACUGACUUAUUUUAUAACACAAAGCUAUUAAUAACCUUAAGCAAGUUUUAUGCUGCUGGGUGAACAAGAUCAAUUCAUAUAAAAAGAAUCCUUUCCAUAAGAGAGGGCCACUCUGGAAAGUGCCGGUCAUAUUUGGCCUCGACCAAGUGCCUGGAAGUACCUCCUUUGUGUUGAAAUGGCUCCAGACAGCGGAGCUUGCACUGUAGGCAGUCCUUGUAAGCAGUGGGAGUUUGGGACAUUGUACCAGCAGCCUUUCCUCUGGUUCUGCCUUUAUUAAAACUUUCUAUGCCACUGUAGAUAGCUCAGGCAAAACUAUUACCUGGGUGUUUUUCCACUAAUGAGUCACCAGAAAAGAAAGUGGACAUGUAAGAAAGAUUUGUUUUGUUUAACUGCUUCCCAUUACUGCCAGUGAUUGAAACACCACAGUGUUUAAAACAGGUAAAACUUGUAUUACGACACUUCCACUUAGGGUAGCUAAGCUCCUGGUGUGACAGUAAGGCAGAGUAGAAAUUAAACAAUUGGGGCAAUAACCACUGAUCUGUACUUAAAUGUGUGAAUUAUUAGUGGAAAAGACCCAGCUGUAAUUAGACCUCCACUGUGUACUUAGCUGGAAGAACAUGUUAAUUCUGCAAUAUGUCUCUUGGUUAAACAUUGCACAGUUCUUACCUCAUUUCUGUAAAUAAGGUUUUGUGAAUCUGUUUUGUAUUGUGAAAAAUUAAUAAGAAAACAUUGAUAUUUUGAUUUGUAAUAUUUCUAAUUGGUAGAUUUAAUUGAAAAAGUAAAAAUUAAUUUAUUUUUAUAUGUUCAGGGGGAUUUUAAAGAAAUUGUCAAAUCAUUUUUGUAGAUACUUUACAAAAGUAUAAAUCAGUGUGGUUUAUUUUACUUAGCCCACUGGUUGUUAUUCUGUAACAAUUUGUAUAAAUGGUAAAAUUUGAAUGUGCUGUUAUUUUACCUAGAUGUAAAAUUCCAAAUGUAUUAAAAGAAAUGUACAAAGUUUUUUGUUAAUAAAAUUUAAUAAUGUUUAUAGCCCUGUGGAGAAGAUGGAGGUUGGAAGACCUGCAUUUGUCACUGAAGCAUUGCUUGUGUUAUUUUGUGUGCUUUGUCAUAGUGAAUUAAGCAUUUAGAAAUUCAUAUUCUUUCCACCAUCUCGAUCUUCUGUUCCCUGCCCAACCCCACCAAAAAGUAAAUAAUUUGGUCUUAUUUGAACUUUACUCAGAUAACAGACAAUGAUGUAGAUGUCACUUAAUUGAUGAUAGCAUUAAUUCUUGUUUAAAAAAUACCCUUUGUUUUUUCAAUUAUCUGUGAAUGUUAACCAACAAAGAGAGCAUGGAUAAUUGAAAUGACCAAAGAGAAUGUGAGAAAGAACAGAAAGCAAAGGGAUUUAGAUAAUUCAGUGACCCAUAUAAGCAAUCCCCUAAUAAGUAAGAGUUGACUGGAGAGGAAUAGUCUCUAUAUGUCUGUUUUCUUAUUUUCAUAUAGUUCAUCUAUUUUCUUUCUUUUUUCUUUUUUUUAAUGAGGCACUUGGGAGUAAGUGACUUGUUCAAGUUCUCACAGCUAGGAAGUGUGUUAAGUGUCUGAGGUCAGACCUCCUGAUACCAGGCCCUGUAACUUUAUUCCCUGAGCCAUCUAGAUGCCCCUAUGAGAAAUAGUCUCAAGGUCCUGGGAAGUGAGCGAGCCUCAAGCUCCUACUUAGUCAAGCUAUCACCAUUUCAAUGUUUUACAAAGUUGUCUAUAUCUGUAGACUGUCCCUGCUUAUAUCCCCUUCUGACUUAUUUCUGUCCCAAGUCUGAAGGUAUCCCUCUUUAAACAAAUUACAGUUUUUCCCUUUGUUCUUCCCCUUCUAUUUUCAGAUGGGAUCCUCCAUUCCACUCCCCCAAAGUGAUUUCAGUGUCUAACCUCCCUUUUCAUGCUUUCUGGUGGCUAUAGAGUAGUGUCAAUAGGAGACAUAGGCUGGCUUUGGGGAAGGUGGGUAGCUUUCUUGUGGUUUCUGUGAAUGACUGGAUGAGUGAAUGAUCACAUGUGCUUGUUAUGUGAAAGGCACUAUAAUAAGCAAGAAGAAUACAGAUAAAAACAGGCAAGUUAGUCACUACCUUUGAGGAGCUUACAUUCUAAUAGAGGAAGAUAACCCUUGAAAGGUGAACAGAGCUUUAAAAAAGGUAAAGAAGAGAAGACGUGGUUGGCAAACAACCAAAAAAAUUAAACCAUGGAAGCUGGGUAAGAGCAAUGAGAGUCCACCUAGUUGAGUCCAUAGCCUCAUGUUUGGAGUACAAAGUGAGAGGAAGAGAGCCCAAGUAUAUGUGGUAUGAUUUAGAAAUAGUUGGGAAAUGUGUCUAAUACUUAGAGCUGGCUUUCUUAUAAUUUGGUGUGAUUCCAUGGCCUCAAUGGUAAAGCAUAAUCAGAGAUCCUAAGGUGUUGCUUUUUUGCAUGUCUUAUUUUUGAUAAUCCUCAUUCUAUGUGAAUGUUCCAAAGAAUUAAUUUUUACUGAAUGACAGCUUAUUCGUUGAAAGCAUGACUCCAUAGGGAAAGCACAUCUGAGAUGCUGAAUAUUGUGAGUUUAAGGGUAAACCUUAAGGUUUUAAAAGGGCAGAAACCUGAGAAUUAUGAAUGUAAUACUACCUAUGCGUUUAUAUCAAAGACUGAGGAUAAUAAAAACAAGCAGAAAAGCAAGUGACAGAGUCAUAAGAUUAUAAGAUGAAUUGGAAAAAAAAAAAACUCCAGCCUCAUUUUACAGAUGAGGAAAAUGAGGUCGUAGAGACAUCCCAUGAAAAAGGGAUAAUAGGUGCCUCUGAUUUCACGUCCAGAGUGUCUUUUAUCUUUACCAACCACAAGAGAAAUAUGGUUAAGAAAAGAAAGGUGAUGGGCCAGGAACUGGAGGAAGCAAGGAACUUGGUUUGUUUCAGUCUUAAAGCAUGUAUUUUGUUUUUUUCUCAAAGUAAACACAACAUCUCUUAGAUAAAUAACAACUAAACAGUUUUGCACCUAAGCUUAAAUUCCAGGCUACUGAAAGAAAUCCCUAUCAAAAUGACUUCUAGGAAUGCUUUCUAUUUUCCUUGGUACAUUGGGUCAGCGUAGCAAGGCAGGGAACGUUAGAAUCAGGAGAGUACAGAGGCUUGUCACAACUUUUUGAGGCCAAAGAUAAUAUUUUGACAUUAUUCUUCAUCUAACCUGCUGUUCAACAGUAGCAUCUUGGAACAAACAUUUUAGCCCCACCUUGCAAAUUCUGGACUGACAGUCUCGCUGAGGAGUGCUAUUUGGCCAUCCAGUCAUAGGUAAGACUAGUAGUUGGAGACAGCAUAACUUUAGGCAUAAACAGAUCAAAUAGGCCCGGGGCUGAGUCACAGGCUUCUCUCAGCAGGUGUUCAACCAGAGGAUGAAGUGGAUGCAUACGUGGUGGCCCAGUUACCUCGCAGGUUCAUAUUUGGGAUCUGGAAAAAAGAAAAACUUAAUAAUUGAGAAAUAGAUUAAAGGAGGAAAGAAUAAUUUGAACGAGUGAUGGUUUAUGACAGAAAACAUGUUAGAAGUCAUAUCACACAAUGUAAUUCAUUCUGAGUUCCAUCCUUCAUAUUGAGAAUUUCUUCCACUUGACAUUUGUAACUGGGUUAUGUUUAGUGACCACGCUGAUGUUUAGAAUAAUGAUGAUACUUAAGGAAUUGCAAAGGGAAACGCUUGAAAGGGCCUCACCAAGAUUUUCCCUACAGUUAAGAAGAGUUUAAUUUUGGAAUCUUGGCUACAAAAGUCAGAGAACAUCUCGUUCAACAUUCUCAUCCAUCAUUCUCAUCAUCCUGUUGAGGAAACAGGCCCAGAGAGGCUGUAGAUCCCUCAAAAGUCAUACAGGUAAGUAACUGUAAGCAGCAGAACCAGGAUUCAAAAUCUGCCUCCUGAUUCUAAAUUCGGUACUCUAUACCACUCUGAAUCUCGUCAGCAGGUUCCAUAAUUAGCCAAUAUAAAUUUGGUUUUGGCAUCAUAUAACUUUCUGAACUUCUCCAUUGCAUUUUGCUUGAAGGUGCCUGUUUCUGUAAUCACUAAAACUCACAGAAUGUGGAAAGAAAUCAACAACGCCACAGCCUCAAACAUUAGAAAGACUUUUUUAGUGGAGUAUUCAAGGCAGUUAAGGAAGCACCUACUUACUUUGAGGAUCAGUUGUCCAGGGGCACCACAUGGUGGGUCCAGUGUAUGGAUCUUAAUACAUGAUAAGCUUUUCCCCCCUCCCAGUUCUUGGUCCAGUUCUGAUAAAUUUGCAGUGGAGAUCAGACCAAGUUUUGGUCUCUGGAGAAUUCUGCACUAAAAAAAUUUGUUUAACCAUAAGCCACGUGCACUGGUGACAACAUUUGUGCAAACAUCCUUGUGCUUUGACACCUGCUGGGUUUCCUUCCUUAGGCACCCUCAAAUUCCUGCCUUUCAGGUAUCUUUAUCUCUGCUUCAGAUUCUAUUCUUAAAGGCUAAGUUCAGGCACUACCUUCUCUCUGAAGCUAUCCUCAUUCUCCCUAGUUGUUAGCAUUCAUCAUACUACCCUUUUUAAAAAUUUAACUUUUUUAUACUUUUCAACCAACAAGUUUCCCAACUCCUACCUUACUGAAAAACAAAAGCAACCACUGUUGCAAAUAUGUAUAGUCAAGCAAAACAAAUCCUUCCAAUGGAUAUGUCCAAAAAAAAAAAAGCUUUGAUUUGCUCUCAAAUCUCACCUCAUUGUAGCAUGUUCCAUCAUGAAUCCUCCUAAAUUGUUAUGUGGGUCAUUGUGUUGCUUAGAGUUCUAAAGACUUUCAAAAUUGUCUUUACAACACAAUAGUAAUGUGUAAAUUGUUAUACUGGUGGUUCUCACUUCAUUUUACAUGCGUUCAAACAAGACUUCCCAGGUUUCUCUGAGAACAUCUUCAUUUCUUAUAGCACAAUAAUAUUCCAUGGCAGUAUCAUAACUUGUUCAACUAUUUUCUAGUUGAUGGAUCCUCUCUUUUUAUUCUUUAAUACUCCAAAAAAAAAAAAAAACUACUAUAUAUAUUCUGUACAUGAGAGUCCUUUUUUUUCUUUCUUUUGCCUUUUUAAAAGAGUAUACAACUUAAUAUUGGCAUUGCUGGGUAGAAAGUAUUCACAAUUUAAUAACUUUUGGGGCAUAGUUUAAAUUUGCUUUCCAGAAUGGCUAGACUACUGCACAGUUCCAAUAGUGUAUUAAUUUACCUGCUUUCUCACAACCUUUUCACUUGGUCUUUUUGUUGUUACCAACUUAUCUAAUGUUAUGGAAGUGAGGUGGAACCUCAGAGUUGUUCUAGUUGGCAUUUCUCUAACUGAUAGUGAUUUAGAACAUUUCUUUUUGUAUGGCUAUUGUAUGACUACUAAACUUGGAUUUCUUCUGAAAAAUGCCUGUUCAUAUCCUUUGACCAUUUACCAAUUAUAGCUUUUAUUUUUAUAGAUUAUAAUCAAUUCCAUAUAUAUAUAUAGAUAUACAUACAUAUAUUUUGUAUACAAAGAUCUUGUAUUAGAGAAACUUGCUGCAAAGAUUUUUUUCUGUCGACUUCCUCUUAAUUUUAGAUGCAUUAAUUUCAUGAAAAAUCUUUUUAAUUUUAUGUAAUCACAAUUGUUCAUUUUACUUCCUGUGAGCUUCUUUAUCUUUUGUUUGGUCAUGAAUUCUUUUUCUAUCUAAAUAUCUGUCAGAUAAUUUCCUUGCUUCUUUGUUUAUAAUGUCAUCCUUUAUGUCCAAAUCAUGUAUCUGUUUGGAUUUUAUCUUGGUAUAUGUGGUAUGAGAUAUUGGUCUGUACUUAGUUUCUGCCAGACUGCUUUCUGGUUUGCUCAGCGGUUUUUGUCAAAUACCAAGUUCUCAUCCCAAUAAAAUUCCUUUACUAUGCUUAA